UCAACACCUCCGAGCUUGCUCAAGGCCAUCAAUCUCACUUUUCCGCCCAUCCUCGCCCUCCCUCCAUCUCGACCUCAUCAUGUACAAGUUGGCGCGCGCGAGUCGGCCCAUGGCCGGUGCCUUCAAGGCCGCUACCGGCACUCCUCUGAAGAGGUCCGCCAUCCAGCAGACCCGCAACCUCUCCAUCCACGAGUACCGCUCUGCGGCUCUGCUGGAAUCCUACGGCAUUGGCGUCCCCAAGGGCAACGUUGCCCAGUCGGCGAAGGAGGCCGAGGAUGUUGCGAAGAGCAUUAAGGGUGACGACAUGGUCAUCAAGGCCCAGGUCCUUGCCGGCGGCAGAGGAAAGGGUACCUUUGACAACGGCUUCAAGGGCGGUGUCCGCGUUAUCUACUCCCCCACCGAGGCCCGCAUCCUUGCCGACCAGAUGAUCGGCCACAAGCUCAUCACCAAGCAGACGGGCGCCGCCGGCCGUCUGUGCAACGCCGUCUACAUUGUCGAGCGCAAAUUUGCGCGCCGCGAGUUCUACCUCGCCGUCCUGAUGGACCGCGCGUCGCAGGGCCCCGUCAUCGUCGCCUCGUCCCAGGGCGGCAUGGACAUUGAGGCCGUUGCUAAGGAGCACCCCGAGGCCAUCAUCACCACCAAGGUCGACAUCCACAAGGGCGUGACGGACGAGGUGGCCCGCAACAUUGCGACCCAGCUUGGCUUCUCUGAGCAGUGCAUCGAGGACGCCAAGGACACUAUCCAGAAGCUGUACAAGGUCUUCAUGGAGCGUGACGCCACGCAGAUCGAGAUCAACCCCCUCUCCGAGACGACUGAUCACCAGGUGCUGGCCAUGGACGCCAAGCUCAACUUCGACGACAACGCCGACUUCCGCCAGAAGGAGGUCUUCCAGUGGCGCGACGUGACGCAGGAGGACCCCGAUGAGGUCAAGGCCGGCGAGUCCGGGCUCAACUUCAUCAAGCUGGACGGCGACAUUGGCUGCCUGGUUAACGGCGCGGGUCUCGCCAUGGCCACCAUGGACAUUAUCAAGCUGAACGGCGGCCAGCCGGCCAACUUCCUGGACGUUGGUGGCGGAGCCACGCCCGAGGCCAUCCGCCAGGCCUUUGAGCUCAUCACCUCGGACCCCAAGGUCACGGCCAUCUUCGUCAAUAUCUUCGGUGGCAUUGUGCGCUGCGACGCCAUCGCCAAGGGCCUGAUCUCGGUGGUUGAGUCGAUGAACCUGCGCAUCCCCAUCAUUGCCCGGUUACAGGGCACCAACAUGGAGGCGGCGCACAAGCUCAUCAACGAGUCGGGCCUCAAGAUCUUCAGCAUCGACGACCUGCAGAGCGCGGCCGAGAAGUCGGUCCAGUUCUCCAAGGUUGUGAAGAUGGCGCGCGAGAUUGACGUCGGCGUCGAGUUCACCCUCGGUAUCUAAGCCCCCCUUUUGCGCAGUCUUGUGUCUGUCUCUCUGUCUGUCUGCUCCCGUGCUUGUCUAGUCUUGCUUGCCUGCCUGCCUUGCUUGCUUGCCUUGCUUGCCAGACACGCCGGGGGUGCGGCUGAUUUGUUGUGUGUGUGUCGUAUAGAUUCCUAUUGAGAGAGGAGGGGUGAUGGUGGUCUUUCUUUGGACGGAUGGAUGGAUGGGAAAUGGAGGGGAAAGGGGAAAGGCGGGAAAUAAAGGUCUAGGGGAAAUGAAUGGCUGCGUGUGUGUAUGCUGUAUGUAUGUAUGUGGUGUGGUGUGUAUGUGGAAGGCGUCGGCCUUUUGUUGGCCUUUUGUUGCUGUUGUUGUGCGUUUUCAAAAUCAAAGUCAAGCCACUUCACUUCGCUUGGGGGCCGUUGAGGCUGUCCCUUUUUUCGUUUUCCCGGUGGUGAUGGUGAUGGUGGUGUAUAUGUAAAUGCG